GCGAGAUAGUCCCAUAAAAUUACAGUAACGUUACGGGCCAAUCAAGAUUUCAAUUUCUUGACUGAGUAUGAUAAAGAAUGAAAAUUAUUAUUUAAAUCGGCAAAUGGAAACGUUAUAGCAAGCUAACAAAUACAAAGUUUACAGUAAUAGAUUUGCGUUUCAGGCUUGUCAGUGUCGCUCUUUAGCUAGUGCUGUGUAGGCUUCAAUAUGACAACAGUUGCAUAAAUGAACGAUGAGACGUCAAUGUGUGAACGUCAUGUAAGUAGAGCGACCCGACGUUAGCUAUUCAUGAAGGACGGCGAGGCACCUUUUAUUCCUACACGAAAAAUAAGACGCUGUUAUGAUAUAUAGCUACACUACAAAACAGAAAUGCUAAAUUCCGGAACAGUGUUACUUUGCAGUGCUCUGCCUCGUGGAAAAGAAAGGCAUUGGUUUCAAUACUACGUCAUCAAAAUAUGUGCUUGGGGAACUACGCCUGUCGUAUUCUGUACGUACACAAUUUGUAUAAUACGUCACAGGCGCUUAGUAACCCUUCACGGCGUCUCAAGUCUUUGGGAGAUAAACCGAGAUGGGUCUGUUGUCCAUCCUGCGCAAGCUGAAGAGCUCCCCAGACCAGGAGGUCCGCAUCCUGUUACUGGGCCUGGACAAUGGUGGCAAGACCACCCUCCUAAAACAGCUGGCCUCUGAGGACAUCAGCCACAUCACCCCCACACAGGGUUUUAACAUCAAGAGCGUUCAGUCUCAGGGCUUCAAGCUGAACGUUUGGGACAUCGGAGGGCAGAGGAAGAUCAGGCCCUACUGGAGGAACUACUUUGAGAACACGGACAUGCUUAUUUAUGUCAUUGACAGUGCUGAUCGAAAGAGGUUUGAUGAAACUGGACAGGAGCUGGCUGAGCUGCUGGACGAGGAGAAACUUAGCGGCGUUCCGGUUCUGAUCUUCGCCAACAAGCAGGACCUGCUGACGGCUGCUCCGGCCUCCGAGAUCGCCGAGGGCCUCAACCUGCACACCAUCCGGGACCGCCUGUGGCAGAUCCAGUCCUGCUCCGCCCUGACCGGAGAGGGCAUCCAGGAAGGCAUGAACUGGGUCUGCAGGAGCGUCAACGCUAAGAAGAAGUAGAAUCGUUCCUGUCAUCACUCCAGUUUCUCCCCUGGCGGAUAGGCCGCUGAUUGUACAAAAAUGAAACUAACGUGGAGCUCAUGGACACUAAAGAAUUCACCGGCUUGGAGCAAGGAUGACGCAAACUUAACCUCAGCUUCUCAGUCUCGGACCAUUUCCACCCCCUCCCAAUCCCAAUCCCAAUCCCAAUCCCAAUCCCAAUCCACGUUCCUUUUUGUCCAGCUAGGUACCAACCCCAAAAUUAACAUUCCUGGACCCCCCCUUCCCCCACGCACCCCCAUUGCCUGCCUUGCCCCUCUAAUAUAGGACAUCUUCAGACUCCUGUGGUACUAGUCUGACUACUGCUGUUGAAAUAUAAAGACCAUCAAGGCGUUGGUUUCUUUACUUUUUAAAAGUUAUAUCUUAAGUGCUCAUAGCGCAGUCGUCUUUUUCUUUUCUUGUGCCCACUAUCUUGUGACAUGUCUUUGCAGUUUUCCUGUUUCAGUAAAAAGAUUAUUUUUUGUAACGGUGUCUGUGGUGUUAAAAUAACAGGGAUGAUUGUGCUUAAAUAUAUGGAGUGUCUUCCUUAUGGGGAAAAAUGUGGAACUGGUAUAUUUACUGGAAGUAAUAUCUGGAAUAUGGAAUAUAUUUGAAAUUUCAUAAUAUGUAGUAUUACAGAUAUGUAAUUGCACCUUUAUGUAAUUUCCAGUAUACCAUGUUGAAUGUAUCUUGCAGUGUAUUUGAGUUUACAAUGUUUGGUACAAGGUAUGUAUAAAAUGACAAAUACGGAAAGUGAUAAUUAUUGAUAUCAAUAGGUACUGCAUUUCUUGAAACAUAUUUGUAUUCAGAAGUUAUUCAUCAUAGAUAUUUUGCAUCAUAUUGAAUCAUAUAACAUUAAGCACUUUUUGGAUGAAUCCUGAGAAAUCAUUCUCACAUUUGUCUCAGAAUGAAAAUGGAAGCAAAAAAAAAGUCCCAGUUUGGGAGUUUUGGUUCCUUUCAACGAAACUUACAUUGACAGUUAAACACAGAUCUUUUUUUGUUGUACAAGAAUAUGUAUCUUUACCAGACAAUUCGACAGAAUGUUUUUAAAUUCAAAAGCAUUCCAUUCUAUUACAGUUUUUUUAUUUUUACCCCUUGCCUUUACUUGUUGUAUUGCUUUUAGUUUCUUUAAUCAGGCCAAAAUUUCCAACUGAGAAAACAAGCAGUACUCGUAUACAGACUCAAUUCUCUGUAUAAUUAGUCAUUUUUAAUGAGAAAUUUAGUUGCUUUUCAGACAAAAGGCUUUAUUAUUUUGGAACUUUUUGGCCUCUAAAAUCGCUGAAAUUAAAAUGGUUCCAAAAUGUUUUCUUUCUUUGAAUAUUCGCACCAUUUAAGGCUAUCCCAGAAUUUGUUGCAGUUGGAGACCAAAACUGAGAUUACAGAGGCUUUGUAAACAGCAGGGCCCCUUUAGGGCUGGGGGGUGGGAGGGGGGGACCUGCCUUUUUGAAGAUUUUAAUUUGCUCUGAAGGUGUGAGAUCUACACAGGAGAAAAGAGGCACCUCCCCCUUUUCCUUUGUUCUCCUGAAUGCACCCACCUUGGCUCCCCUGGUAGAGGCAGGAGGGUAGAGUGAUUGACAGGUUGAGCAGGCUUAAGCAGCUGGUUAUGUCAGCAGAUAAGUGCUGUGCAGCGUCCUUUGGUGGGGGCAGGGCUUCUGGUUCCUGCAGGCCCGUUGCUGUGGCAGUGUUGGUGUUCGCCACCACCUGUGAGUUGCAAGCGUUAGGAGAGGGGGAGGCCUCUUGAUCCCCCCCUGUCCCUGCCCCCCACAAUGAUGAGAGCGUCACUAGCUGAAAUCUGGAUAUCCAGCUGUGUGCUUGUGUGUGCAUAUGAGAGAGAGAGAGAGAAAUUGUUGAGAGUUGGUCCAUGUGUGUGCAUGUAUGUCGAUUAUAUGCACCAUUAGAUGGAAUCACUCCAGUGGCCUCCGAACACUAAAUAGACAGGAUUGUUCCAAAGCCCAAAGCAUUGUGGGUAUAUUUUUCUGCUGAACUCUCCAGCUGUGCAGUGUUCUGUUGCCCUUUCCUCCUGCACCACGUGGGUCAAAACCAAAUUCCCAAUCCGUUUUUGAUUAAUCAUACAUUUUGACAUCUAUCCAUUUUUAUUUUUAUUUAAUUGUAGCAUCAAAAUUUUUGUUUGUGACUUGAAUUCAAUGGUCAUAUCAGACCAUCAUGGCGAGAAUAUACUGUAGGCUGGCAUGGGGAUGGUAUUUUAGAUUUAUUUUAGAGUUUUUUUGCUAUUUUUAUGUUAUUCAUAGACCUGUCUAUGAAGGGUUGAGUUGCAGAGUCAAUUUGUGAUUUUUGCACUCAUAAACUGGGAUAAAUCCUUGCCUAUGGGAUCGCGAUUAGGUGAGAUACACUCACGCAGAGGUAUUGUCCCUGUGUGAUAACUCCCUUUAUUCAACCCGUUGACAAAUUUCCGUAAAAAGAGCUCUUCAAAAUGCCAUCAACAUCCCCUCCCCUAUCCUGCUUCGAUUUAUUGAAGAAAAAAAAGGUCUUUGUGUGUUAUCUUUUGUGGAUUAGUAGGGUUGUGCGACAGAGAGCGUGGGUGUUCGUUGGAGCUGGGCAGAGAUCUGCAGGACGGUGCUUCAGCCCUGUGGGCAGCUGGGUAAUCGUUAAUCGAGUGGAGGCAUGCAGUUAGAGAACACUAAUAAUAAUUUGUUAUUUAGCUGAUGCUUUUAUCCAAAGCCACUUACAAUUGAUUAGACUAAGCAGGGGGACAAUCCCCCCCCUGGAGCAAUAUGGGGUUAAGGGCCUUGCUCAGGGGCCCCACAGCUGCACUGAUCUUAGCGUGGCUACACUGGGGCUUGGACCACCAACCUUCCGGGGAUCAUGCACCAUAGCCACUAGGCUACAUGCUGCCGGAAGAGGGCUGGGCCUCCACUGCAGCCCCUUCAAAACUUCCACCUGAGAACAGUCCGUUACGCGGUGCAGAUGAGGGGGUGGGACGGCUCACUGCGGCCCAUUGUGGGUUUAGCGCUGCACUCUCUCUGCUCCGCCGUCAUUGACUGGGUACCUUGCCCCAUACCACAGCGGCUGAUCUGAAGCAGAUUACCGCCUACUAGCUGCUGACCUACCAGCUGCUUAUUGGCUCCCAGCAAGGCUGUGUGGACCAAUGAGAUCAAUGCAUGCAAUUCCUGCAUCACUGUUGUGUGAAGGCACGGUAUGUGACCUGUGACUGUGUUUCUCAUAAAGCACAGCAUGAAUCUAAUGGUUUUGGAAUAAGUGCAUGUCACUUACUGAGUGCCUUUGAGGCAAUAAAUAACAGUUUGGCUUAGCUAUCCACUCAGCAGCCCCUGUUCUUCUCUGUGAUUUCUACGCACCCUUUCCCAGGUACACUGGUCCUGACGGCCACAUUCCUGUCAGAGCACCAUCUAGAGCAGUGUAACCAUGGCAACUCUUGUAGACAGAAUUGGGGUUAUUGCAAGUGGGUAUCCCAGACCCAUUCAUCCGUGUACGUGCUUGAACCUCCAAAACGUCUUUCUGUAGGAUAUCUUUUCAUGGUCUGCUGGACUUUCUUUUCAAUUUACAUUGUAUGCAUCUGUGUGUGUGUGUGUGUGUGUGUGUAAGCGUGUGUUUAUGUCUGUGUGUUUUUCCAAUAUAGUAUUAAAUGAGCUUACCGUGAUGUUUUAUUUUUAGUUAUUACUUCUGCUGUAGUUUGUUAAAGUGUACAAAUAGAUACAAAUAAAUAUUUGUUUGAUAUGAAUAAAAUAGCGUUUUUAACAGCUGU